AGAGGCGACUCCACUGCACAGUAGCUCAGAUAUCUACAGUAAGAAGAUCUCGCCAUCAUUGACUGUUCAGCGAUGUCGCGAAAAGUUGGAGAAUAAGUACCGAAAUCAAUUGUGCAAAAUUCAAAUGAAACCGUGGGAUAAAAGUGAUUAUGCUGAGUUCAAAGAUAUGCACACGGUUGUCACAAUGGUGCAGAAGGACGCUCGUGGAAAAGACACGAAAAUGAAGGAAAUACUCCAGGGUUCUGUUGCUGAAAUAUUUUCAACGAAAGUAAACGGAGAACUGCCAGCUCGAAUCCUCAUUUCGGCCCCAGCUGGACGAGGAAAAACCACGGCUGUCGCUAAGAUGGCUUAUGACUGGCUUCACAGAGAAAAGGGGUCAGCAUUAGAACUACUGCCACUUCUGUUUGUUGUGAAAUUCCGAAACACAAGUCAACUUACAUCGAUCGGAGAAGCCAUCAAAUCCCAGCUUUUGAGUGAUGUUGAUGAUCUCACACCAGAGGGUCUGGAGAGUUUCAUUAGAGAGAAUCAGGGAAUCUGCCACAUCAUACUAGACGGACUAGAUGAGUAUGCCGGUAUUUCUUCUUCAAACCGAAGCUCAGAGAGCAAUAUGGUCAGUGUCAUCCUCUGGGAGGAAUUUCCAGAGUGUCGGGUCCUUGUAACAACACGCCCUCACCUAGAGAGCUUCUUCAAUCAAGAUGAUCUUCCAAGGGUAUACACAAAGAUGUGGAUCGAAGGAUUCUCGCAAGAGAGUUCACGAGAGUACAUCGACAAGUUCUUUGCUUCGACUUCGAAACCUUGUCGUGGACAUGGUCUGAAAGUUUACCUUGAUGACCAACCACUGAUUAAUGAACUUGUUAAAACGCCUUUAUUUUGUCUCAUGGUCUGUCACUUGUGGAGCAAAGAGCGUUUGAACACUGAAACUGAAACGCAAACAGAAUUAUUAGACAGCGUGAAUGUUUUUCUGAUGCACCAUGCCAAUGCCCGAGCAAAAUCAAAAGACGAAAUAACAAAAGAAGAACUAAUCGAAAUCAUUCGUAACCUGGGUAAGGUUGCACUAGCUGGCCUAAUCGACGACUCUAAAAAACUAGUCUUCACGCCCCAUGAUUUCCGAAGAGUUCCCGCUAUCCUUGAUAGGGCAUGUGAGCUUGGGAUCUUAUCUAAGGCGACGAUUCCAACGACAUUAAUGCUCCCACUAUCCCACAAUACCACAUCCACGACCAUUGAGUUUUAUCAUAAACUCGUUCAGGAACACUCGGCUGGGAAAUACCUUGCUGCUAAAACGAAGAAAUAUAUGUUACGACUGAAGAUUUCUAAGUUAGACAGACUGCUGCGAAACAUAACAGCAAACAUCGGUGACUAUGAGAAUCUCAUUCGAUUUGCUGCUGGCGCGGAUAACAGCCUUUGCAUCCGAAUAAUGGAGGCGCUCCUUUCGAACCGCUAUUUGGAUGAGAGCGAGCGAUAUCGCAUUCUCCUUGACUGCUCAUCAGAGACCAGGGGUACUGAAGGAAAUGUGUCUUCGUUGGUUCAAAGAUGUGUAACUGCACAGAGUAUUGUUCUAAAGUCACCGACUGUCUACACCGUCGUUGGGAUGCAAUAUCUUCCAAAGCAACUUAAACUUCAGGUAAGGACAGUAAAGCUCGAGGGGUCUACUCUAACUACGGACGUGACGACUGGACUAUGGACCUGCCUCAAAGCCUUUUGGAUGUUAGAUACUCUCAUCAUCUCAGACUCGUCUCUCAGUUUCCCUCCAUCUCCUCCGGAGCUUCCAUACGUUACAAAGCUAUCAGCUAAGAGAGUGACGUCACAAAGCUACAAAGGAGUUCUUUCAUCGAUACCUGGAGUGAGAGAUAUCGAUGUCUCUAUCGACGUUGCAGAGACAAGCAAUACUUUUCAGAUCACCACCGCAUCCAGGCCUAUGAAUCAGACUAAGGCUAUCAUCAUGGAUGAACAGUUCUUUGUUCAUAUCAGACUACACGCCUUGACAGCACCCACCACAGACAAGAACAUUGAAUCAGAAGAGACAAUUGGAGGACUUAGUCUUCUUUUUGAAGACCAAACCAAAAAAACACAGCGGCUGCAUGUGUCCGGGGUGAGGGGCAGAGACGAAGAAGCCUUGGUGGACCUGUUUGUCAAGACUAAACAACUAACGUACUUGAAUUCAGGUUUCCCUCCAUCUCCUCCUGAGCUUCCAUCCGUUACAAAGCUAUCAGCUAAGAGAGUGACGUCACAAAGCUACAAAGAAGUGCUCUCGUCGAUAUCUGGAGUGAGAGAUAUCGAUGUCUCUAUCGAUGUUACAGAGACGAGCAACACUUUUCAGAUCACCACCGCAUCCAGGCCUAUGAAUCAGACUAAGGCUAUCAUCAUGGAUGAACAGUUCUUUGUUCAUAUCAGACUACACGCCUUGCCAGCACUUACCGCAGACAGGAAGAUUGAAUCAGGAGAGACAAUUGGAGGACUUAGUCUUCUAUUUGAAGACCAAACCCAAAAAACACAGCGGCUGCAUGUGUCCGGGGUGAGGGGCAGAGACGAAGAAGCCUUGGUGGACCUGUUUGUCAAGACUAAACAACUAACGUACUUGAAUUCGGGGAGUGGAGGUGGUUCUCUAAACAGAAAGAACACCGUCCAGAAUACUAGGCUUCAGAUAGAGCAAUGCCAGCUAUCUACUGAGAUGACAGAAAAGUUGUUGUCCUGCUUCAAAUCCUUCACCUCACUGAACCAUCUCACCAUCUCAGACUCCUCUCUCAGUUUCCCUCCUUCUCCUCCUGAGCUUCCAUCCGUCACAAAGCUAUCAGCCGACAGAGUGACGUCACAAAGCUAUGAAGGUCUGCUCUCAUCGCUUCAUGGCUUGGAAGAGAUCGAUAUCACUAUCGGAGAUACAAGGACAGAAGACAUAUCUCAGAUCCAGACUAGUCUACGUCGACAUCAGGCAGGACAGGAUCUCACACGCAUCGAUCUUUCUUCUCUCCAAUCAGAGGAGAAUGUAUCAAGCAUGUCGAGAAUGAGGAUGAGAGGACUUGGUCUUCUUAUCACAGAAUGUCAGGCGAUAUUGUCCGGAGUUGUUUUCGGACUCCAGGAUGCAGUGAUCGAUCUUGUCCAGUCUUCAACGCGUUUAAUGUCAGCUAGUCUGUAUUUUGAACAGUUUUCUGGGUCGCUAAACUCCGCUAAACAUGUAUCAAAUAUUGACAUGUUGACUAUAAAGGACUGCCAGCUACCUACUGAGAUGACAGAAAAGUUGUUGUCCUGCUUCAAAUCCUUCACCUCACUGAACCAUCUCACCAUCUCAGACUCCUCUCUCAGUUUCCCUCCAUCUCCUCCUGAGCUUCCAUCCGUUACAAAGCUAUCAGCUAAGAGAGUGACGUCACAAAGCUACAAAGAAGUGCUCUCAUCGAUAUCUGGAGUGAGAGAUAUCGAUGUCUCUAUCGAUGUUACAGAGACGAGCAACACUUUUCAGAUCACCACCGCAUCCAGGCCUAUGAAUCAGACUAAGGCUAUCAUCAUGGAUGAACAGUUCUUUGUUCAUAUCAGACUACACGCCUUGCCAGCACUUACCGCAGACAGGAAGAUUGAAUCAGGAGAGACAAUUGGAGGACUUAGUCUUCUAUUUGAAGACCAAACCCAAAAAACACAGCGGCUGCAUGUGUCCGGGGUGAGGGGCAGAGACGAAGAAGCCUUGGUGGACCUGUUUGUCAAGACUAAACAACUAACGUACUUGAAUUCGGGGAGUGGAGGUGGUUCUCUAAACAGAAAGAACACCGUCCAGAAUACUAGGCUUCAGAUAGAGCAAUGCCAGCUAUCUACUGAGAUGACAGAAAAGUUGUUGUCCUGCUUCAAAUCCUUCACCUCACUGAACCAUCUCACCAUCUCAGACUCCUCUCUCAGUUUCCCUCCAUCUCCUCCUGAGCUUCCAUCCGUCACAAAGCUAUCAGCCGAGAGAGUGACAUCACAAAGCUAUGAAGGUCUGCUCUCAUCGCUUCAUGGCUUGGAAGAGAUCGAUAUCACUAUCGGAGAUGCAAGGACAGAAGACAUAUCUCAGAUCCAGACUAGUCUACGUCGACAUCUGGCAGGACAGGAUCUCACACGCAUUGAUCUUUCUUCUCUCCAAUCAGAGGAGAAUGUAUCAAGCAUGUCGAGAAUGAGGAUGAGAGGACUGGGUCUUCUUGUCACAGAAUGUCAGGCGAUAUUGUCCGGAGUUGUUUUCGGACUCGAGGAUGCAGUGAUCAAUCUUGUCCAGUCUUCAACGCGUUUAAUGUCAGCUAGUCUGUAUGUUGAAGAGUUUUCUGGGUCGCUAAAGUCCAAUGAACAUGCAUUGAAUAUUGAAAAUAUGACAAUCAAGGACUGCCAACUAUCUACUGAGUUGUGCUCCUGCCUCAGAUCUUUCACCUCACUGAACCAUCUCAUCAUCUCAGACUCCUCUCUCAGUUUCCCUCCAUCUCCUCCUGAGCUUCCAUCCGUCACAAAGCUAUCAGCCAAGAAAGUGACGUCACAAAGCUAUGAAGGUCUGCUCUCAUCGCUUCCUGGCUUGAAAGAUAUCGAUAUCACUAUCGAUGAUGCAGAGAGAGACAUACCUCAGAUCACAGCUUGUCUUCGUCGGACCGGAGGACAGCAGCUCACACGCAUCGACCUUACAUCACCAUCAUCACUCCCAACAGAGAAGAGCAGUGUAUCGAGAGAGACGAUGAGAGGACUGGGUCUUCUCAUCAGAGAACAAACCAAGGACCUGCAGCGGCUUUGUCUGUCCGGGAUAAAGUGCUUGGACGAAGAAGACUUGGUUGAACUUGUCGAGUCGUCAACAUAUUUGAAAGCAUUGGAUAGUCUGCAUUUACAGUCUCUUGAUGGUGGAUGUUUCGAAUACGGUAGAGAAUCGAGUGUCCAGGUAACGAGAUGUCGACUAUCUACUGAAAUAACUGCCAGAAUGUGGUCCUGCCUCAGAUCUUUCACCUCACUGAACCAUCUCAUCAUCUCAGACUCCUCUCUCAGUUUCCCUCCAUCUCCUCCUGAGCUUCCAUCCGUCACAAAGCUAUCAGCCAAGAAAGUGACGUCACAAAGCUAUGAAGGUCUGCUCUCAUCGCUUCCUGGCUUGAAAGAUAUCGAUAUCACUAUCGAUGAUGCAGAGAGAGACAUACCUCAGAUCACAGCUUGUCUUCGUCGGACCGGAGGACAGCAGCUCACACGCAUCGACCUUACAUCACCAUCAUCACUCCCAACAGAGAAGAGCAGUGUAUCGAGAGAGACGAUGAGAGGACUGGGUCUUCUCAUCAGAGAACAAACCAAGGACCUGCAGCGGCUUUGUCUGUCCGGGAUAAAGUGCUUGGACGAAGAAGACUUGGUUGAACUUGUCGAGUCGUCAACAUAUUUGAAAGCAUUGGAUAGUCUGCAUUUACAGUCUCUUGAUGGUGGAUGUUUCGAAUACGGUAGCAAAUCGAGUGUCCAGGUAACGAGAUGUCGACUAUCUACUGAAAUAACUGCCAGAAUGUGGUCUUGUCUCGGAUCCCUCACCUCACUGAACCAUCUCACCAUCUCAGACUCCUCUCUCAGUUUCCCUCCAUCUCCUCCUGAGCUUCCAUCUGUCACAAAGCUAUCAGCCGAGAGAGUGACGUCACAAAGCUAUGAAGGUCUGCUCUCAUCGCUUCCUGGCUUGAGAGAUAUCGGUAUCACUAUCGAUGAUGCAGAGAGAGACAUAGCUCAGAUCACGGCUGGUCUUCGUCGGACCGGAGGACAGCAGCUCACACGCAUCGACCUUACAACACCGGACACACUCCCAUCAGAGAAGAGCAGUGUAUCGAGAGAGACGAUGAGAGGACUGGGUCUUCUGAUCAGAGAACAAACCAAGAACCUACAGUGGCUAGGUCUGUAUCGAGUGAUUUGCACAGACGAGGAAGACUUGGUUUACCUCAUCGAGUGCUGCAGACAUGUGAAGAAGAUGUCAGAGUUGAGGUUAUACUACGGUGGAACUAGAGAGGGCGGCAGACUGGAAUCUCAUCUCAAAGGUCUUCACGCAUCUGGCGGGGACCUCUCUGUGUGGGUUAUACAUAAUUAUGGUACGUUUCCGGAGUACUACAGUACCCACACUGAUUGAGCCACAGUACAGCUGCAGCUGGCAUAGUGCAUUGCCUUGUACCUGGCAUCAUUAUUUUUCUCACAUUGGAUGAGUUCCAGUGAUGACUACACACUACCGGUCAAGUUGCCAUGCUGCAUUGUCUCAUACCUGAUAUAUACCUGAUCUACUUCCUGGUAUUUAUUAACCCAUUUCCUACUGGAACCGGGUCAUUUUUGUAUUAAAGCUAUGGGAAAUAAUA